CCUUGACAAGUUAAAGAUUCUCAAGGCUCGUGAUGCAACAGUGGGUCACGAGCGCUAGGCUUAGAAGCAUAAUCUCAAGUGAAUGAAAAUCAUCCCAGAUUUUGUAACUUGCUGACGCAAUGGGAGGGGAACAACUUGGAGAUCCUGGGUGUUGCGGAUGUUUAUCACAUCUAAGAGGAUCAAGGCGCUUGAUUCUGUUCAUUGUGGCUAUAGCUAUACUCCUUGAUAACAUGCUACUAACUUCCGUUGUGCCUAUUAUUCCAUCAUUUCUGUAUCAUUUGCGGCAUCAACCCAUGGGAACGAUUGCAACACCUACGCAAGAUAUUCCAAAGAAACUUUUCCCUCUGCCAGAUAUUCCUUUGAAUGAUGAGAAUAUACCACACUUUCUGCCUCACUUACCGAUUUCAACGAAGGAGCCUAUUUCUAAGUGGGACAUACCCGGAUUUACUUUAGUUCCAAACGAAGUAUUUUGGAAAUUCACUACGGAAAGCCAAGCCGAAGUCACUUCAAAUAUCGAUACCUUAAAUGACUUAGACCCUGAGAUUAAGAGAAAACGGAAACGACAUGAAGAUUUAAUUAAUGAGAAUUUUGAGGUAGGAUUCUUGUUUGCCUCGAAACCUCUAGUGCAGGCUUUGGCUAAUCCUUUCAUAGGGCCGAUAAGUAACAAGGUAGGUUACAGUGUCAUCAUGUUUCUGGGAUUUCUCAUACUUUUUACCACUUCUAUAGCUUUUGCUAUAGGAAAUACUUACACGACAUUGUUCAUGGCAAGAGCACUUCAAGGUGUUGGAUCAGCUUGCACCAGCGUAGCAGGAAUGGGCAUGCUAGCAGAAAAAUACCCCGAUGAUGCUGAGCGUGGAAAUGCCAUGGCUAUUGCUUUAGGAGGACUAGCACUUGGUGUGCUCAUAGGACCUGUAUUUGGAGGAACACUUUACGAAUUUGUGGGAAAAGCGGCUCCUUUUCUAAUUUUAGCUUCCCUGGCUCUUGUUGAUGGAUUUUUGCAGCUUUUAGUCCUUCAGCCAAAAGUAAAGAAGCAGAAACAAGAAGACACUCCUCUUUUUUCAUUACUGAAGGAUCCUUACAUUAUGGUUGCAGCCGGAGCAAUCACGUUCUCUAAUAUUGGAAUAGCGGUUUUGGAGCCUUCGCUUCCUUUGUGGAUGAUGGACACAAUGGAUGCUACUAAGUGGCAACAAGGAGCAGCUUUUUUGCCUGCUAGUAUAUCUUAUCUCAUCGGAACUAACGUAUUUGGACCCCUCGGGCAUAAAAUGGGAAGGUGGUUAGCAGCUAUGAUAGGAUUGCUUGUUAUCGGCGUAUGUCUACUAUGUGUUCCACUAGCAAAAUCCGUUGAACAACUUAUACCUGCGAAUGCUGGCAUUGGUUUUGCAAUAGGAAUGGUAGAUUCUUCAAUGAUGCCUAUGUUAGGUUACUUAGUUGACAUUAGACACACUUCAGUUUAUGGUUGCGUGUAUGCUAUAGCAGACAUUGCCUUCUGCUUUGGAUUCAUAAUAGGACCAGUAUUUAGUGCAACUAUUGUGCAAAAACUGGGAUUCGAGGGAUCAGUAUGCGCAGUUGCUUUGAUUAGCUUCCUUUAUGCACCUUUGAUGAUACUUCUAAGAAAACCUCCUGGGAAGGUUCAGGAAAAGCCAAUGCCGCUACUUUCGCUCUCUGUAGGGCUGCUAUGUAGUUCUUUAAAGAUGUUGGGGAUCCGGGAUCUUGGAAGUAUCAGCUGCCAUUGGAACGCCUUUCCUUCAUCUGAUUCGAAUUAUCGCUAUAAGACGCCGUUUCGAAUGUGGAGUCAGUCCCAGAGAGCCCAAUAUUAUUUUGUCGUAAGAAUGUAGAUCGAAAUGUCCUGCCAGAAAUUAUCCAGUUCAAGCAGUUCACAGAAGUAUAAUUUAUUUACUGGUUGUGAUGAUGAAAGCUAUGAAGAAGAACCUUUCAAAAAAAUUGAAGAAGCCACGUGUUACUGAACACAUAUUCGAGAUCUCUA